CGCGCACUAUCCGUUGCAGCAUCCGGGUCCCAAACAAGCCCAUUCGCGCGGAGAGAGAGAUGUUCUAAGUGCGAGGCUCCGGUAGCCCCCCCUCGGGAAAACAAAAACACCGGAGCCAGAAAUGCCCCACCACCCCAGCAGCGGAUUGCCUUAACGGGCUCAUGUGAUGCUUUUCAUAUGUUGUUUGCAAUCCGGCCCAGCACACUGAUAUUAAGGCUCUUACCAGCGGCUUUUCUCCCUCGCUGUUUCUUCAUCCAGCAAAGAGCAAGAAGAAACUGGAGCAUAAUAAGAAGAAUGGGUGCGUUCUUAGACAAGCCAAAGAUGGAGAAGCACAAUGCCCACGGGGAGGGGAACGGCCUGCGUUAUGGACUCAGCAGUAUGCAGGGAUGGCGUGUGGAGAUGGAGGACGCACACACCGCUGUGAUGGGGCUUCCAUUCGGCCUCGGCCUGUGGUCCUUUUUCGCAGUUUAUGAUGGCCAUGCGGGCUCUCAGGUUGCCCGCUACUGCUGUGAGCAUCUGCUUGAACAUAUUACCAGCAACCCAGACUUUAGGGGAGGCUGUUCAAUAGGUGGCGACUUAGUUGGCACUGAGCCCUCCGUGGAGAGUGUUAAAAAUGGAAUCCGCACAGGCUUCCUGCAGAUCGACGAACACAUGCGGGCCAUGUCCGAACGCAAGCAUGGGGCGGACCGCAGCGGUUCCACAGCAGUGGGUGUGAUGAUUUCCCCUCACCAUUUCUAUUUCAUCAACUGCGGUGACUCCAGGGCCCUGCUGAGCCGCAAGGGUCGUGUUCACUUCUUCACCCAGGAUCACAAGCCCAGUAACCCUCUGGAAAAGGAGAGGAUCCAGAACGCAGGUGGUUCUGUUAUGAUUCAGAGGGUCAAUGGCUCCCUUGCUGUCUCUCGUGCUCUGGGUGAUUUCGACUAUAAGUGUGUGCAUGGAAAAGGCCCCACUGAGCAGCUGGUGUCCCCGGAGCCAGAAGUGUAUGAGAUCGAACGCUCUGAGGCUGAGGAUGAAUUUGUUGUGCUGGCAUGUGAUGGUAUAUGGGAUGUCAUGGCAAAUGAAGAACUGUGUGAUUUCGUGCGCUCGCGUCUGGAGGUGACUGAGGAUCUGGAGAGAGUGUGUAAUGAAAUUGUGGACACAUGUUUGUACAAGGGUAGUCGAGACAACAUGAGUGUGGUGCUGGUAUGUUUUCCUGGUGCCCCAAAAAUCAACCCAGAAGCCGUGAAGCGAGAGGCGGAGCUAGAUAAGUACCUGCAGAACAGAGAAGGCGGAGCAUGUAAAAAGACGAAUAAAUAAAAUGUAUUAGAAAGACAAAGAGAGAGGUCUAGAAAGUGAGCAUUCUUACUUCAUUAGGUGAGUGUGUUAGAUGGCAGUUUACACUUGCCAGUUACAGCUAACCUGAAGUUUCCAAUUAACGAAUCCCCAUAUUGGAGAGGAAAGACUCACUGGUACUGUAUUAGCACAGUUAGGACUAUUCAGGAUAAAUUUUACCAGAGAGAAACACCACGGUGUGAAUAUAUUUGAGCAUAUAUUGAUAAUUAGAGGCCUUGGAUUAUUUAUUGCCAAUAUUGAAAAGCACUUACACAAUUUAGAGGUAGCUUGUAGCUUUACCAGAGGUUUUACUGUAGUGCGUUCCUCUGCUCCAAUGCGUAUUACACUUCUGUAUUGACGUAUUAUUAGCUACUAAGUGAUGGUGAGUAAGUGCAAUUGUAGAUUAGGAAAAAGGAAUGACAAAAACCCAAUAUUUGGUUCUGCACUUUUUCAUUAAAUGCUGCUAUACUUAAAGGGACAGUUCAGCCAAAAAUGAAGUUCUGUAAAGAUCUGCUUGCCAUCCACCACUAGUUCCAAACUAGUUUAGUUUUUUUUUUUUUUUUUUUUUGAACACAAAAGAUAUUUUCAAGAAUAUAGACUUCCGUAGUAUUUGUUUUUCAAAUUUGUCAGUGGUUUCCAACAUUCUUCAUUAUAUCUUCAUCUUAUGUUCAAGAGAACAAAAUGAAAACGCAAACUGGUUUGGAACAAGUCAAUGGUGAGUAAACCAUGACAGAACUCUCAUUUCUGGGCGAACUAUCUCUUUAAAGGCAUCUUCUAUUAAUAAGAGAGAGACCAAAUUUGCGAUCUCAGUUAGAAUAUACUAUGUUUAUGUGUUCGAACACAAUUAAUACAAAGUGUAGUUUUGCGUUCUGUUUGUGAAAGUUUGUUCUUGAGAUAGUUGUAUUCAUCCAUUUGUAUGAGCAUGUGUUUAAGUCUGGCACCCGUUUCAUUUGCAUCUUUCUGAAAAAGUAAAAAGUUCUAAAUUAUAGAGAAUGUCAGGCCUUCGCUGCUGAUUUUACCUGAAAUUGUAGCAGACACUACUGUACCUGGGGCAGAUUCGUGUCUACAGCAGCAGCUAUGAGUAUUUUAGUCUGCAUGAUUCCUGCUCUGUAAUAUGGAACAUUGUUGCCUUAGACCUAAUUUACAGCGACUACCUUGAUUAGAAUUGAUAGGUUAGCCCUCGGUACCCAACUCCAAUUGCUUGGAAGAGUCAAAUUAAAACUAAUGAACACGUGGUACUGAAAGCAUGCACUGUACCAAUAGCACGACAAGUUGUGUACACCUCCUGCAUGUACGCUACAUUAAGAAAAAAACAGGGAUAGAUCUUAUUUAGAAAAGUUAGUUGGUCUGACAGAAGUUUUAUACUUUGUACAGUAUACAUUUGUAACCCCUGGGGAACCGUUUCGGUGUGAACUGAACACAGUAUUUAAAAGAUUGUGUCAAUGUUUUACAAUCCUGUCCGAGUUGUUUACUACUUGUUGCCUCAAACUGACACUUUGUCAAUCCUCUGGUUUGUCUAUAUAACUAUUAAGAGAAAAUUAAGGUAAUUAAAUAUGGUGGGAUUCAGUCUGUCAGCACUUUUUUUGAGAUGUAGGUCCUUGUUGGUACAUCGAUUUAGCAUUUAUAGAACAAUAAUGGUACAUCUGCUUUCAUGUCUUUUGAAAACCCAACAAGAUUUGGAUUUGUUUUCUUCUUCUGUACCCAAAACCUUGAAAGCAUUGCAUUUAAAUUUUCAUAUUUUUGAACCUUGGGUUUUGGUCCUAACUUGGCGCAACAUGAUUUAAGAAAAAAGCUAUUUAUUUGUAUUUUAAUUUAAGGGGUUGUUCACCGAAAAUUUAAACACUUUAAUCCUUUAAUUCGCACUUCAUUGCAAACUCAGAAACAUAUUAAAGCUCUGAUUACUGUUGACUUUUAAAACUAAAACAGCUGAUGUUUUUAAACAAUACCAUUUUUAGAGAAACAUCACUUUGGUGUUUUAUUUCUUAUUGAAUUUAAUAUGUGUAUGUUCAUGUGUGUGUGUGUGUGAGUAUAAGUAUGCCUAUGGAGAGGGGUGUAAUUCUGUGCAAUCAUAAAACCCAGUCAGACCAGUUCCUACUGUUUCCUUGUUCUUGUACUUUUAUUUUGGCCCUUAAUGCACCUAAUAUGUUUAGGUUGAUGACAAGCAGACAAUCUUUUUUUUAAAUCUGCCUUUUUUGUCCACUUCUGAUCACUUUCUUGAUUUAUGUAUAAUAUUGCGAAAUCAAAAGCUUGUACAAUUCAUAUAUUAAUUCGAAUUGGCAGCAAACUCUUCUGAAUAUUUUAAAACAAAAUAAUUAAAACGAUCACAUUUCAGAUAACUUUAACAUCCUUUGAUGUUUAAAAUUUUUUGUAACUUAUCUAUGUAGAUAGUCUAAAGUAUUUUCACAUAAUGCAAGGCUGUGGUUUCAAUUGGUCUAUUUUGACUUUCCCUCAAACACUUAAGUAGGAUUGUGUGUCUUGUGGACCUCAUAUUUAGAUGCAGAUACUGUCGAAAGACAAAACAUUAACUUUAGUGUGACUCGUCUUAUUUGUCACAAAAAAUGUUUGUUAUAAUCACCGGUCCUAUGAAAUGAAUCUAGGAGGUGGUCUUUUGUGGUUUUUAUAGGCAGUUAAUCUCCUGAAUAUUUGUGAAAGUCCAAUUUAACUCAGUCAGAUUCAACUAUUCUAAUUAGAACUCGUUGACCUUUCUCGGUGGUUGAAAGUCCUAAAUGUUUGAGAGUUCAUUUAAACUUCCAUUUAACGUUGUGUACUUUGAUGACAACUUUAACCAGUUUAUUCUCAUCCGUGUUUGAUGUUUAAUAUGCGUCAAGUCAAUAUAUUGAGCAGUGUAGUGAAUUUUCAGUGUGGCAAAAAAAAAAAAAAUCGCACUACUAUUUUAAAUGUGUUGCGCCUGGUUAGGACUUGUUUUUUUUAUUUUAUUUUAUUAUAUUUAUUAUUUAUCUAAACUUUCCCUCGCAACCAAAAUAUUCUCUAUGUUUUUAGCAUGUCUGUGCGUUUUGAUAAUGUAUUUUAGCUUUAAGAUGUGUUUUAUUGACUGAAAAACAAAAGCGUGCCUGAUCUAAGAGAGAGAGAGAGAGAGAGAGAGAGAGCUCUUGAGAUUAAAAUGAUUGUAGGUCCUUCCUCUACCAUAUCUGUUUCGUUUUGCUUGGGUUUGCUGUUGUAUCUCCUCACUGUUUGUUUAUUAAAUUAGCCUUAAUUAUGUUCCUCUAUAAUAGCACAUCUGAGAUUUGUACGCUCGAGACAAGUCACAAGUUUAUUUACCUACAAAGAGUGACUGCAGGUCCUUCUGGGAGAGCCUUUAAUUGUGCCUAUGAGUGAGUCUACGGCCAGUUGUAGCAUUCAAAUGAACUCUGCGUUUGUUUGUUUUGUAACAUUAGUCCACUCGUGCAUGAUUUUAAGAAUUGUUUGAUUUUUUUUUUUUUUUUUUCAGCUUGUGAGCACACUUGGCCCGACAAUAAAAGUGCCAUGAGAGGGAUUUUAAGAAACACUUCUCCUUUUUUUUUUUUGGAAAUAGGCUCAUUUUACAACAUUGAACAGUUGAGUUUUAUUAAUGUUGAAUGCACACAGCCAAUAGAUGUAUGUCGGGAGUACAUUUAGCUUAUCUUUGCAUAGAUAAUUGAAUCUGAUUAGACCAUUAGCAACUCUUUUUGUUUUAUUUUAUUGACUGAGAUGCUAAUGGUCUAAUUUGUUUUAAUGUUUUAUGCUUAGCUAAAAGUGCUUUGCUAGACCUAGAGAUUAGCUGAAUGCAUUUAAAAAUGGUAAAUCCCAACUGUUUCACCCUAGGGGAGCUGCAAAAUAAGCAUAUUUUCCAAAAAACAAACAAAAAAAAGUGGAGCGUUUAUUUAAAACCAUCCAUCUGAAGUUAUUGCUGCACAAAGCACAACCCCACCACCCCAAUUUGUAAAGCAUGGGGUGGAAUUAUUGCCUUAGUAAAAACAAAGCAGGCAUUAAAUGGGCCGUAAAGUAGUAUUGUAUAGGGGAUUGCCUUGAUUUCUAACACUGUAGCAACAUCAAAUUGAAAUGUAGUUCUUUUCCUAUACAAUUCUGUUUCUGUGGUUAAUUGGAUUUACCAACCGCCAACUGCAAAUGAAACGAGAUGGGAUCAUUUAAUAGCGUGUUUUCCGGAGUGUUAAUCUAGGGCCAUUCAUUGUCAUAUACUUGCGCUAUGUUUUGCUGUUGGUCCCUGUGUGUCACUUCUGUCUUUACCUCUCAGGUCCAAACUGACAAGCAACAGAGGACACUAUUUAUUUAAACUAUUUAUUGUCUUUAUAGUAUUUUACCUCUUUUGAAUGAAACUGUCCAUGCAUUCCUUUUUAUUUAGCCAAAUAAGCACUACUAAUGCAAUGAAAAGCUUUUCUUUCUUUUGAUUUCCAUGUAUUUAUUGUUAUACAUCUGUGUCACCAAUAAUGUGUGUGUUCAGAUGUGUUCAUCUACUUCACAUGGCGUUUAUGCUUUAUUUACUAUUCUGUCAGAGUAGAUCGGUCCAAGUUAGGUGAUGUGUAAGGGUUACAAUCUAUGAUCGGUCCUUUCUUAACCCAGCAGACUGUUUGUGUCUGUGUUUGUUCAAUUUUACCUCUCAGAAGGUAACAGUUUUAUAAAGCUCAUUUUGAAAGAUUUUUCAAAUACAGUUUCAUAGAAAAGUAUUUCAAUAUUAGAGGGUGAGCACCCAGUACUUUUUCUUUUCUUCUUCUUCUUUCAUUUAGUUUUUAUUUUUGUACAUUAGCACCCAGGUAUUAGCAAUGUAGACAAACUGUGAUCUUGUCAUUCUUGGCUGUCAAAGAUGAUUCAAAUAAAAUUAUUUACGGAAAAGUA